CAGACGGUCGCAAAGAACGCGUUUUAUUUGAUAAGAUCACUGGUCGCAUCAAUAAGCUAUGUUAUGGACUUGAUUUAAAUUUCGUUGAUCCUGUUGCUGUGACUCAGAAGGUUAUUUCUGGUGUCUAUCAAGGCGUAAGUACUGUUGAAUUAGACAAUUUAGCUGCGGAGACAGCAGCAUAUAUGACUACAAAGCAUCCUGAUUAUGCCAUUUUGGCUGCGCGUAUCGCAAUCUCUAAUCUUCAUAAAGAGACCAAGAAAGCCUUUUCUACAGUCAUCGAUGAUCUUUAUAAUUAUGUAAAUCCAAAAACUAGAAAACGUGCUUCAAUGAUCUCAGAAGCAACCUAUAAUAUUGUCAUGAAAAAUUCGGAAAAACUUAAUUCUGCUAUCAUUUAUGAUAGAGAUUAUAAUUAUAACUAUUUUGGGUUCAAAACUCUUGAAAGAUCCUAUCUUUUGCGAAUUAAUGGAAAAGUAGCUGAAAGACCACAACACAUGCUUAUGCGCGUGGCCGUUGGUAUUCAUGGCGAAGAUAUCGAUUCAGCAGUCGAAACCUACAACCUAAUGUCUGAAAAAUAUUUUACACAUGCGUCACCUACUCUUUUUAAUGCUGGAACUCCACGACCUCAACUUUCAAGUUGUUUCCUUCUGACAGUAAAGGAUGAUUCAAUUGAAGGCAUCUACGAGACGUUGAAGACAUGUGCCAUGAUUUCGAAAACGGCUGGCGGUAUUGGCUUGAACAUUCAUAAUAUUAGAGCAUCUGGAUCUUACAUCUCGGGAACUAAUGGUUACUCGAAUGGUAUCAUUCCUAUGCUUCGUGUUUAUAAUAAUACCGCACGAUACGUUGAUCAAGGAGGAAAUAAACGUCCCGGUGCAUUUGCUGUUUAUUUAGAAACAUGGCAUCCAGAUAUUUUCGAUUUUUUAGAUUUAAAGAAGAAUACUGGUAAAGAGGAGAGGCGAGCACGGGAUUUAUUCUACGCACUUUGGAUUUCUGAUUUAUUUAUGCAACGGGUCGAAUCUGAUGGUGUUUGGAGUCUUUUCGAUCCAGCAGAGGCACCAGGACUUAUGGACGUGUGGGGAGAUGAAUUUGAGAAAUUAUAUGAAGAUUACGAACGCCAAGGCCUGGCACGUAAAGUCGUUAAAGCCCAAAAAUUAUGGACUGCAAUAUUAGAAUCACAAAUAGAAACUGGCACUCCGUACAUGCUCUAUAAAGAUUCUUGCAACCGUAAAUCUAAUCAGCAGAAUCUCGGAACGAUCAAAUGUAGCAAUUUAUGCACUGAGAUUGUUGAAUACUCUAGCCCUGAUGAAGUGGCCGUGUGUAAUUUAGCAAGCGUAGCUUUACCAAUGUUUGUUAAGAAUAAAGAUACAUAUGAUUUCGAACAUUUACACGAGGUUACAAAAGUUAUAACUCGCAACUUAAACAAAAUUAUUGAAAUUAACUACUAUCCUGUUGAAGAAGCACGCAGAUCUAAUUUUCGGCAUCGUCCAAUUGGCAUUGGUGUUCAAGAAUUUCAAGUUGUAAACCCUUGGCUUUUAAAGGAUUUGGUUGACUUGGGCUUAUGGAGUGAUCAGAUGAAAAAUAAGAUCAUCUCAGACAAUGGAAGUGUCCAAAAAGUUCCUGGUAUCCCUGAAGAACUUAAAGCCAUGUACAAAACAACAUGGGAGUUGUCUCAAAAAGUAAUAAUUGAUAUGGCAGCUGAUCGCGGUGCGUUCAUUGAUCAAUCCCAAAGUCUCAAUAUACAUAUGGGAGAACCAACUAUUGCCAAAUUGACCAGCAUGCACUUUUAUGGUUGGAAAAAAGGCCUAAAGACUGGAAUGUAUUAUCUUCGAACAAAACCAGCAGCAGACGCUAUUAAGUUUACUGUUGAUCAGCUUUCACUCAGGGAAGUUGAAGCGACUGAAGAACCUGAAAAUAUUAGAAAUAAAAAGGCAGCUAUUCUAGCUAUAGCGUGUUCAAUUGAGAAUAAAGAAGAUUGUGUUAUGUGUAGCGGCUAG